AUGGUUCCAAAUGGAAGCAACAAUCAAACACUACUGGCAGAAUUCACCCUCUUAGGUCUGCCUGGUGAUCCAAAGUUGCAGCAAUUCAUACUUGCCUUCUUCACCCUUAUCUACAUUAUAACAUUGAUAGGAAACUUAAUUAUCUUCUGUCUUAUCCACCUGGACCCUCAUCUGCAUUUGCCAAUGUACUACUUCCUCAGGCAUUUGUCGCUUAUAGAUAUAUGUUACCCUUCCAGCACUUUUAUUCCAUUGCUCAUAAGCCGCCUAGCUCAGAGAAGAACUAUCUCAUUAACUGGCUGUGCAGUUCAAAUGUACCUGUUUCUUGUGCUGGCAACUACUGAAUGCAUCCUUCUGGCAGUCAUGGCCUAUGACCGACAUGUGGCCAUAUGUCUCCCACUCCACUACACAACGACCAUGAGCAACAGGAAGUGUGUCAUAUUAGCUUCACUCUCAUGGGUAAGUGGCCUUGUACUGCCAAUUGCACACACUGUCCUGACAUGGAGGCUGCCUUACUGUGGUCCCAGUGUGAUUGAUCACUUCUUCUGUGAGAUGCCUGCUGUACUGCAGCUGGCAUGUGCAGAUACAUAUCUAAUCAAGCUGGUCACUCAAGUGGGAUGUCUCUUCACCCUGCUGAUGCCUAUCACUUUCAUUGUUUUCUCCUACAUGAAUAUUUUGGUAGCUAUUUUUAAGAUAAACUCUGCCAAGGGAAGAGAAAAAGCUUUUUCCACCUGCCUUUCACAUUUGAUGGUUGUAGUUCUGUUCUAUGGAAGUGCCAUCUACACAUACAUGAAACCAAACGCUUUCCAUUUGCCUCAGAAGGACAAAAUAAUCUCCAUUGUAUACAAUAUUCUUACCCCAAUGUUAAAUCCAAUUAUUUACAGCCUGAGGAACACGGAGGUCAAGAAAGCAUUGGGAAGGAGAGACAUAAGAAGAAGAGAGAUUUUUUUUGAUUGA